AUGCAGCUAAGUCCACUAUUUAUAAUACUAUCAGUCUGCCAUGGAUCAGUUUUUGGAUUUUCUGAGACGGCGCCACAGAUAAAUCUUGGUGAAAUACCGCCUAUUGGACAGCCCUAUCAGAUAGUGCGCGUAAUUGAGUAUAUAGUGCCAUAUCCCUAUCAGAGAUCUCCCAAAAUAUCCGCUAGAACUUCGAGUGUAAACAACAAGGAACUCAAUAGCCUUGAGAUAAUUCCCGCUGACAUCGAGACUCUACUUACCGAUGGACAAGCCACAACAGAGGCACCAAAGCCAGUGAAGCAUUUCGUUAUGCGAAUCCUUUAUGAAAACAGAGUCAUUUGCAGUGGAGCUCUAAUCUCCAGUCGUCUGGUUUUAACCUCUGCCCACUGCUUUCCCCGGACUUUGCAUCAACAUCCUUCUCGCUUGUACAAGCUGCAGGCCAGUCGGAGUCGGAUAUAUUCGGUGGCCAAUCUAAUUACCGGCACCAUAGAAGACAUGGCCCUAUUGCUGCUCCGCGCUCCGCUGGAGGAUCCCUUUGUACAACCGAUUGAUCUGUGUGACUCACCUCUCCGAAGGAAUGACAAUGUAACCAUGUACAUGUCACAGCAACAUCUGCGUUUUCUGCGCACCAAACUCAUUCCCAAUAGGAAUUGCAAAAGCAGCUAUGUCCAGGACGAGAACGCCUUCAUCACCCCGACCAUGUUGUGCGCCCUGAAUUCAAACAGGUUGGUGGACUGCCAGACGGCCAAGGGUGAUGUCCUCCUCCACCAGGAUCGGGUGUGCGGAGUGGACAUCUAUGGACAGCACUGCUCCGAUGGGGGCGUCAAUGGCGAGCUGUAUGCCGACGUCUUUAAGGCCAGGACUCAACUAAUGCACUUGAUUGAGCGCUAUGCGAACUAAAUGAUUCAACUGGGAAAUUUCGUAAAAUAUAUAUACUUAGUUAUUUUCCUAUGAUAUUUGACUAAAAAUGUUUAAAUGAAAUCCCAAAGUAGAGACCGCACAUACAUUUAUUGUUACUGUUCGUGUGCUGCCCAAAUCAAAUCAAUCUCACUAAACAAACACUGAAAACAAAAGGGCGCAAGUGGGGUGGACCAAAAAAAAAUGGCAAAUAAAAUCAGGGGAUGCUGCCUUCUGUUGGUCGCGGGUAAAAUUGAAAGUCGCCACCAACAAAAUCAGAGUAACACAAACAGAAAAAAAGCUGGCGAUGUUUUUUUAACAUUUUAUUUUCUUUCAAUUUGCGGCUUAAAAAAGUUAACUGUUCCAUUAAAAUGCCCUGAACUGCAAUGACUAUGAUGUAUGUAAAUUUCAGUGAAAAAACAAAUGGCAAAAAAACGAAAAUUGUGAAAAAAAAAAUGCACAAUAAGAGACACAAGCGCCACCCAAACCCUCUAAAAUCAUCAUGACAGGAAAAAGGUGUUACACUUGGCUUGAAAUUUACACCGUCGGUGGGCGUGGCAACAUAGGGGCUUCUGUGGCAAAAAAGGGGACGAGAUGGUGUUCUGAAAAAAAAAGAACCCGAAGCUUCGCUGGCGGCUAUGGAUACGUCGCUAGCUUUUGGCUUUGGCUUUGCGCUAAAAUAUGCAAUUUUGUCAUGAAAUAUGCACAUGUCCACCGCGCGGCAAGGACGAACCGCCAUGCCACCCACCGCCACCCACCUACAGCAGCACUAUCAGCGACGGCAACAAAAUAAAUUUAAAAGGCAACAUACAUAAAUAAAUUAAGCAUUUAAAAACCCAACGGGAAUAAUGAAAGCCAUAAAAGGCUUAGGCACUGCGAAUCUGGAAGUGCCCUUCACGAGGAUUAAGCUAUUUAAAAAAAUAAUGUCAUAAUAAUAUAUACUGCUGCUAAAGAAAAUCUUUUCCAUCCGAAUUUUCUGCGAACUACAAUAGCCAUUCUAUUGAAAUUAAGAUAGUAAGGAUAUGUACAUAACGUAAGAUAUUCGCCAAUUAAAAACUUUUAAAUGAACUUUAAAUUUAAAGCGCAUCAAGAAUAUCUAUGAGGUCUAGAGAAAAGUUUCCCAUAACUUUGCCACCAGCCACGCCCACCAUUUGACAUUUAAAUGCAACGAAGCCUGUCGAAAAUGUUGCCGCCAACAUCAUCGCGAACAACUAAAUUUAUGUACAUAGAAAUUAAUAUUAAAGAAAAAACGAACAGCGUGUUUUCGUAUAAAAUAAAGGAUGCCAGAGUGGCUGACUGUAUUAGUGCAACACGGGAUAAUAUUGAAACAGAAAACAACAAAUGACAUGAAAAAAACUUCAACACUAGUGUGAUAAUAAAAACAAUAAAACAAAUAUACAUUCCAUUUGACUAAAAAAUUCCAUACCCCUGGCAAUUGGCGGGGCUUAGAGGACGCCCCCAAGCCACUUGAACCACUUUAGCCACUUCGACCGCCCACUUUUCCGCCGCCCACUUUUCCGCCCCCCGCUUUUCAGUGACCCGCUGACCUACCGCAAAUAUUUAUUGUUUGACAAUUUUUAUUGCCUACUUUCAGGCGAUUGUCGCUAGCUCAAAAGCGGAAGUGCGCUGAAGGAGGAGGGUGAAACUUUUCUGAAAAAAAUUCAAAAGGCGUUAAAAUGAUUUUCAGAAACUUUGGCCUUACGUGACUUUGUCCCCAGCAUCGGUCCAGCCUACAUAUUGUUCAAUUUCCGGACCAGGCCGCCCGCACUGACUGAAUCAAAAUAGGUGGCAUAAACAGCAGCCGCGGCAGCGGUAGCGGCAACAAAAGUGUUCGGAGACCCUGCGCUGCGCUGGGUAUAAAAUAAAAGUUUUCCACUUAAGGUUUAUGAAAAGUUUAAGACCGGCCGCCGCCCGAAGGUCCACCGCUUCGCCCUCCAGCAAACACAUUCACACUUACCUCAGGCCGGCAAAUGCGGAAACGGAAACUACGGUCGAAAAAUGAUGAAUACCCAGUGAGAAGGACUCGGGUCCCCGUCGAUCCCCGGCCAAUACAACACACAAAAACACACUCCAGAGGGAUGCUGGCAAUGACUGUAAUAUCCUUGGAACCGCUCGAAGAUUUUUCGCAAUAAGGAAGCGGUGCCCAAUGGCUUUCCACCUUUUACUUCUCGACCAUAACCACUUAGGAGCCGCCGAGUUUUCCCCGAGAAAACUCCCCAAAUGCAAAUAAUAAUGUAAUUGCCGGCAAUCUUGCUCAAGUCUGUUUACCUUUCUGCUUCAACGUUGUUAAACUUUUAUGAGAUUUGAACAGAAUUUUAAAGCAUUUACACCUGGCCCACGCAAUGACAAAUGAGCAAAUGAAUUGAACCCGAUUCCGCCGGUCUGAGAGCCAAUUUAAAACCCCACCGGCUAAUUGCAGGUCGGACCCACUAAUUGAGUGCAAGUCAAGCAAAUCGCCUAAUUAGCAGAGGCCAUCUAAGCGGACUACGAUUGCCAGUGGAGUGGGAGGGAGAGGGGAAGGGGCAGAUCGGGAGAGAGUCCUACCAGUGAAAAGGAUAUGCAAUUUGCACGGACAGGACACUUGAUCUCAGUGGAAGCGCGGAAUUGACAGGUUGGCCGCAGUAUUCCGGUUUAAUGCGUUAUUAAUUGGAUGGUAAGCCGGAAGCGGUGGAAUGGGAUUUUCCUCAAUUUCCCCUCUGGCCUAGCUAAAUAAAAGUACACUGUAAGCAUGCAACUUGCAUUUAUAUUCAA